AUGGAGAUCGAGGCAGUCCCGGAUGAAACCAGUGGCGAAGUAAGCAAGUGCCUCCUUUUGCACAGUCUGGCAACCUGGAACGUGCUCAAACAUGGCCUGUCCCGUGCUUUGGAUAUUGUCAACCUCAAUUGGAAGUCGAAACAGUUUUUGGAUGGUCGUUUGGCGAUCUUCGGGGGAUGGGUUGCUCCAGCAAAGCCUGUUAAGUACUUCCACAAGGCACCUUUGAAAGCGACGCCACGCGUUGUGGUAGGCCCCUUCCCAUAUUGA